AUACUCCACACCACCGCAUUCCCGUGUUUGAGCAAUCAUUGCUCAAGAAAAAAUGCACGUCCAUCGCCGAUGAUGGACGUUCAUCCCUUCCGAACGGUAUCAUUACGAUACUAUCGGAAUUUGUAAGUAUG